AUGCCUGAUGGAAACUUCUCUUACCCGUCAAAAGCAGAAAUUACCGGAAGUUCUUCAACUGAUGGAGUGUACCCACCAACUUCAAAAGAAGAACUUGACCGGAAACGUUUUGGCUACGUCGGAACGAUACCAUCAACAAGGAUAGAUUAUUCUAUUUACAGCGAAGAAUUCAUCAAUUGUGGCUUGAUAUCUCUCGAGAAAACAAAGUAUCAGAUGCUUGCUGAUGGUACAGCUUAUGUUCCAAAGUAUGACAAGUUUUUCAAUGCAUCAAACUACAUGAUAGACGAUAAAGAAAAGCUACGAAUUUGCCCAAAUUUUUUUCUCGAUUUUAUCGACGAUAAAAAAUUUCCUCCAAUUUUGGAAAUUGUUACGACUGUUGGAGUUGGAAUAUCCAUCAUUUGCAUAUUUCUUCACAUGAUAAUGUUUGUUUUGGUCAAAAAACUGAGGAAUUUGCCAGGUUAUUCCUUAAUUUCACUCUGCGUUGCUUUACUCGUGGCAUACAUCAGCUUUUUCGCUCAGUUUGGAAUACCGGAGGAGUCUGAUUGUACCGCCAUAGGAAUGCUUAUGUUCUAUUUCUUUUUGGCUUCUUUUUUCUGGAUGAAUGCCAUGUCCUAUGACGUUUGGAGAUCCUUGAGAAUGGCUACAUCUAAACUCAGAUUAACUUCCAACAAGUCUAUGAUGUUUCGGUUUGGUUUGUAUUCGUUAUAUUCAUGGGGUGUACCGCUUCUCAUUGUGAUAGUCGCUCUUAUUAUAGACUCUUUAACUGAAAACAGAAAAUAUAAGCUGAUUUUUCGAGUCAACACCUGCUGGUUCCGCUACCGUCAAGCCUUGCUAGUGUAUUUUGCUCUACCGCUGUUCAUCUUACUAUUCAUAAACAUAAUUUUUUAUGUGUCUAGUUUCUACAUGAUCCUGACUGCUACCAUGAACACUUCAGAGAAUAAAGCUAAUCUCCAGACCCGUUUCCUCAUAUCCAUGAGACUCGCUGUGGUCAUGGGUCUAAUGUGGAUCUUCGGUGUGCUAGCUGUGGCAACACAGUCAGAAGUGCUUUGGUACUUUUACGCAAUAUGUAAUACUCUGCAAGGGGUAUUCAUAUUCUUCAGUUUCACACUAACUGAAAAAACUAGAAAAGAGUGCAGGACUCUUAUUCACAAAAAGAAAACGUCGUUCCUUCCGACUACACAGACAAGUAGUCAGCAAAUGACAACAUUUUAACACUUCAGAGAAUAAAGCUAAUCUCCAAACCCGUUUCCUCAUAUCC